AUGUACGUCAAGGCUGAGUUCAAAGCUCACAAAGAUAUCGACAAUCCCGUUCAGAUUAUUGGGUUCUUAUCGGAAUGGCAAUUGUACGCCCAAACGCUACAGGGUGACAACUGGAAAGGCCAAAAGAUGGACAAGGGGAAGAUCGAUAAAAUGAGCGAUCAACAAAUCGGUCAACUAUAUGAGCUCAUGCAAGCAAUCCAAAAGCAAAGCCAGGACGAUGCCGAUGCUGAGGAAGCCCGCAUUGUGAAUUCUCUCGACAGUCACAAGAAGCCAGACCAGUGA